CUGAAAUAUUAGUGAGUCUUUAAAAACGCUAAAGUAUUUGUCAGGCUUUUACAACUUUUCCCCGUGAGCAGGGUUCGAAAAUGAAGAACGUGAGCAAAGAUUUGGAAAGCAGCUUGCAAAAGGAUUUAAGGAACAAGCUCAAAACAUGAUCUCUGAUAAAUAUAGCAAAAAUCUCAACAGAGAAUGUAGAGCGCCGUAAUAUAGUAAACCGUAGUUGACUGUUAAUAUAAAAAUAAUUAUAACAAUGACAACUGCAAUCAGCUUGUUUGACCUGGCCAAUUUGUCCAUUGGCACCCCAGAGAUUGGCGCAGUUAAUUUCAAUGCUCUUCACACUUUGUUGCAUGCCAUCCUAAAGAACCUUAAUAUUCAGUAUGUCAAUGUUGAAAUAAGAGAAGAAGACAGAGAAUUCUUCAAACCUCCUCCAAGCUUGUACCUACAGAAAUCAACAUUAGAAACAGAAAAAGACAUAAAGGAAGCAAGUCCAUACCAUCAGAUGGAGAAAAAACUAAUAGAGAUUGAGAGGCAAAUUGAUGCCCUAAACAAACUACCUAGUAGUGCAGAACUUUUAAAAAUGAGCAGUGGACUUGAACAAACAUCCCCUGUUAAUGACAUGUGGAAAUUCAUGCAGAUGCGAAGGAAAAUGGAUGCCAAUGAAGAGGGCAUUUCAAAGGCUAUGAACCUGCUGCAGGAUUUGUUGAAUGAAAUUAGUGCCCUGCAUAAGUCACGAGAAAGCUUGGAGGGAAAAAUCAAAACAAUCAAAGAGUUUCUUGAUUCGUUGGAUGUCAAAGGAUUGCUGUCUCGACUGUCUGCCUUAGAGAAAUAUCGUGACCAACUGACAUCUUUUGAGAAACUACUGCAUCUUGUCCAAGACAGACUGGGCCUGUACCCAAAUCCUGAGGAUCUAGAUAAUAUGGUAUCAUGGGACAUUCUGCAGGAUGCUCUGUUAGCAGGCAAAAAGAAUAAGAUGAGAGUAUCACCACAUCAACAGCUGUCAAACAAUGUUCAUACAGGUGUCCAACUCAGUGGUCAUCUUCACCAGCUCAGUCCCCCAUUAGGCAAAUCUGAUUCUCAGUCAGACCACCUUCCGCAAGCCACAGCUCAGGCUAAUCAGCCUGUUGACCAAAAAGAUCAGCUAUUACAACCUGGAGCUCAACCCGGCCAGCAGGACCAACUUGUCGGAGAGUCACAACAAUCUGGAACAAAUCAAGAUCAGACAUUCCAAAAUGGCAUCGAGCCUAGUCAUACCUCCCAACCCAAUCAGCAGUAUCCCAUUCCUGAUCCUGACCAGAUGACUCCGCCAACCUUCGUGAUGAGUACAUCUCAAGGACAGCAGCCUGCCUCAGUUACACCUGAAUCUGCAAGUGUGCCACCUCAGCAAAUAACAUCUAAGUCACCUGGGUUUUCCUCAGUGUCUCGGCCUACAUCUUCACGGUCAUCCAGUGUUGCAGCACGCUAUGCAGAUACUGUUGAUGCACUGCGUGAAAUUGGACAACUCACAGAUCAGCAUAAGGCCUUGACAGAGCGAGUCAUUCAACUGGAGGUAACUAUGCCCACCAAAGCUGAUAUAGCAGAUUUGGAUAAGUUGAAGGCCCUAAUAGCAACUAUGGCAAACAAAAAUAUCCCUGAUAACCUUCCUGCUGAGCUGGCACACCUAAAGCAGCUGAUGAAGGAACUUGCAGAAGGAAAUCAUAAGGAUGAAAAGCUACUAGACUACAUCCAGAAUGCUGUGCUUCAGCUACAGAAUGAAUACAAGAAGCUGAACUCUAUUACAGAUAACCUUAUUGACGAUCACCAAAAGAAGCAAAAGGAUAUAAACAAUUUGUUUCAAUCUGUUGAACAUCUCAACGAGAAAAAGGCAGACAAAGAGCAUAUUGAGAUGGAAAUUGAUGUGAAAGCAGAUAAGCGGGCUCUCGAAGGCAAGGUGAGUCGCACAUAUUUUGACACUACAACAGAGCAGCUGAAUCAGAUGAUGCAGGAGAUGUUGCAAAAAAUUACAGGUCAGGAAGAAGACUGGCAGAAGGUUCUGGACAAACUUUCCAAGGAAAUGGAGAGCAAGUUGGACCGCAUUGAACUGGAUCCUUUGAAGAAACAGCUAGAAGACAGGUGGAAAAACAUCCGAAAGCAGUUGCAAGAGAGGCCACCACUGUAUGAGGCAGGUGAUGCUGCAGGAAUCCGGAAGCAGUUGGUUGCUCGAUUCCACUGCAUUUCCUGUUCCAGACCAGUUGACAUGCUGGUACCUGGUCCGCACAUUGUAACAGUCCCAAAUGUUUCAGGAUUCAACUCACAGAAGUCCAUGCGCCCUUACAUUGUGUACGAUCUUGAGCAGGUCAGGCAGCACACAAGGAGCUUAAGUGAUAGAAUACCUGAAAUGGCUGACUAUAGCUAUCUGAAUUCAGCUCGGAGCUGUGGUGGGAGUCAUACCUUAACCAAUCCUCAUCGCCGCUACAACAAACUUCAGCAAGUCGCCCAGUACCUGCAAGAUGAGGAUGAGCUACCAGCUCCAGUAAUCAUAAAGCAUGAAGAGAUAGACAUCCUUGGUGUUGAUGGACAGAUCUACAAGGGGAGAGUCAACACAAGACUUCCGCUUAUUCAAGAUAAAGAAGUUUUACCUCCUAAAACCAAAGUGAACCCUUCCAACUCAUCAAUCUGCAAAUCCACUUCCCUAGACCCUGACAGUCCACCAGCUCGUCCUCAAAGUGCCAAAGUAUCCCCUCGCAGCCGCCCAGUCUCGGCUCGGUAUCGGAAAGAACGUCCAGUGUCAUCGCAGGGUCGAAUAAUGUUGUCCCAUUCAAAUACUGUCCCCAAUGCAUUGCAAACAUCAAAACAGGAGACAGAGUCAGAUGGACAAGAGAUUCUUCAAAUCCAAAUGGACAUCCCUUUGGGUCAGCUACAUGAUGGCAGCCCAGCAACAUCCGUCUAACCAAAGAAACCAUAAACUGGUACCUCUGGACAAAAAACCUCACACUGUAGAAACCCGACAGAAAGAGAAACCAAAUGUACCUGACUGGCACGUGAUAAAUGUAAGCCACUUGGCAGUACUAUUGGUGACCUGCAUUAAACAUUUUCUGUUGCAAACGUCAGCAUUUGGAGGUGCUGGAAAUAUAGUAUUGUAUUCUUUGUAGUAUUCUAUUGUAUCCAUAAAGUAAUACAAUGUCAGAAGAAUGAAUUACAUGUUAUAUUACAGGAUGUCUGCACUUACAUAUAAAUAAUGCUUGUGAAAUUGCACUGUUACCAAGUUUGUGACCUGUAGCACUCUGUGUAAUAAUGUAAGGUCCUACCAAAAACUUCAGGAAAAAAACUGGACAUGUUAAAACAACAAGGAUUUCACAGCAGGGUGUCUCGAUUCAGAUGAAAAAUACAGUGGUUUGACAAAAAAUUGACAUGUCUUUCCUGGUAUUCAAUCAAAAUUAUGAUCCCGAUGAUAAUGAAAAUAAAUUAUUCCUUAUCUUUGA